CAGAGAUGGUACUGACGGGACCUGGCUUCGCCGAUCGCUCACCUCAAACACGUUAGACAGCUGUGAUGGCUUCUAGUCUCCUCUAGUUCUCUUUCUGAAGCUCUGAGGUCCCACGGACUCGGUCUCUGUCCGCCCAUAUAAAUUAGUGCGGUGAAUAGAAAUUCGCAGCCACCUCGUCUUCAUCUCGAGCGUCGCGCACAUGGCCCUCCCUCCUGGACUGCUCUUCUUGCUGCCGAAAAUCCCGCAGUUGCUUGUGCCUCCCGUGACCGUGUGUCUCCUUGCGUAUCUUGCCCGGGUGUACUUUAGCUAUGCCGUACCUGCGUGGGCCCUCGCCGUGGCGUGUAUCCUGUCCUUGCCUGCCGCGUUCACGAUACUCGUGCAAUGGUACGACCACAAAAUCUACCGCGAAGCUACCGCACGGGGUUCGAAGCUGCCUUGCGCGGUGAAGUGUAAGUACCUCGGGGGCGUGGACAUUCUGACGAAGUACACCAAGGAAUGGGCCCAAGAAUAUGGCUGGACAUACAAUUUUCGCCUGCUCUUCAGGAAUACGAUCUUUACCGCCGAACCUGAGUACAUCAAAGUCUGCCAUAUAGAUUGUUUAAUAAUUGUACUGUCCCAGAGGAUUCUUGCCACGGAUUUCCAGGGCUUUGAAAAGGGUUCAUUAUGGCAUAACCAGCUGAAGUCAUUGUUGGGCUCUGGAGUAUUCAAUGUGGAUGGCGACCUCUGGAAAUUCCACCGCGCGAUGACGCGCCCAUUCUUCAGUCGCGACCGCAUCUCGCACUUCGAUGUAUUCGACAGACACGCAGAAGAGGCUUUAAACCACGCAAAGGCUCGUGUGUCGGAGGGCGUCCCCUUCGACUGGCAGGACCUCGUCUCGCGCUUCACGCUCGACUCUGCAACCGACUUCCUCUUCGGCAAGGACGUGCGCUCACUCUCUGCCCCACUCCCCUAUCCCCCGACGUCCCCGCAGGCCCAGCACGACACCAGCGCCUCGCAUCCUGCCAACCGUUUCGCCCGCGCUUUUCACGGGGCCCUGAUCGCGUCGGCAAAGCGCUCGCGCUACACUACCUCAUGGCCGCUGUGGGAGUUCUGGAAGAGCAAGGUGGACGAGCACAUUGAGGUCCUCGAGGAGUUCAUACAGCCGUUGCUCCACGACGCGCUGGCGAGGAAGGCCAAGUCCCCCGAGGUGAAGGUCGAGGUGGCCGUAGAAGACAAUGCGACGCUACUCGAGCAUCUCGUCAAACUCACGGACGAUCCGCAGAUCAUCAGAGACGAGACAGUUAAUAUCCUGCUUGCGAGUCGCGAUACAACUGCCAUCACGCUCACCAUGGCUGGAUACAUGUUAGCGGAGCACCCAGACAUCCUGCAGCGUCUGCGCAAGGAGAUCCUUGGCAUUGUCGGUACGCGGCGGCCCACGUAUGACGAUAUCCGAGACAUGAAGUUCUUGCGCGCGUUCAUCAAUGAGGUCUUGCGCAUGUACCCACCUAUCCCCUUCAAUGUCCGCUUUUCCACCGCGCCUACGGUCUGGCCUUCGCCCGAGGGUGACUACUACUUCCCCGGGGGCACUAGAUGCUUGUACUCCGUGUUCUGCAUGCAGCGCCGCAAGGACUUGUGGGGCCCAGAUGCCGACAGAUUCGACCCGGACCGUUUCCUGGAUGAGCGUCUUCAAAAAUAUUUGUCACCGAAUCCGUUUAUCUUCCUGCCGUUCAAUGCUGGUCCACGCAUCUGCCCGGGACAACAAUUCGCGUACAACGAGGUGUCGUUCAUGCUCAUUCGCUUGCUGCAACACGUGUCGAAGAUUGAGCUCCACCCAGACGCGAAUCCGGAGUCGGUUGCUCCUCCGGGCUGGGACGUUUCGUCACUCUCGGAUGGCCAGGACAAGGUGAUCGUCAAGUCGCAUUUGACGAUUUAUGUGGCGGGCGGGCUGUGGGUUAAGAUGCAGUUUGAGGACCCCGAAGGUCAUUGAGGGUUAAAAUUCCAAAAUUACUUUGCACAUAAGAGCGGGUUUUAUUGGAUUUGUUGUAUUCUCUAUCUCUGGAAUAUGGACAGUGUUCAUAUCGUGCUCGUCAAGUUUGUACUGAUUAUCACUCCGUUUUUCAAGUUAUUGGGUACUCUGACUUAUCUUAUGGGCUAGUAAA